AUGGCGCUAGAAGGCUCAUUCCUUUAUACUUCGAGGCGUUCAUAUCUGGCAGUUGUUACCAUUGAUUUUGGAACAACCUAUGGUGGAUUUGCUUUUUCAUUCAUCAAAGAUGAGGGAAAGGACGCUAUCUUCAUGAACAGAGACUGGGCGAAUGAACAAGCCGCUCAAACAAGCAAAAACCCAACAUGCUUGCUACUCGAAACAGAUCUGUCAUUUGACUUAUUUGGUUAUGAAGCGAUGGAAACUCUUGACAGUAAGACUCUAAUAGAAGCAGCCAACGGACAACCUGUCAAGGCCAAGACAGUGAUCGCCAAGUCCAUUGAGUUUCUCAAAGACGAAGCCAUCAAAGUAAUCUGUCAGCGGACAGGAGAUGAUCAUUUCAGUCCAGACGAUGUCAAAUGGGUUCUAACUGUUCCGGCAAUAUGGAAUCCGAGUGCAAAGCAGUUUAUGAGAGAAGCAGCUUAUCAUGUCUCAUCCAGUUCGAAAUGA